GCGGCCACACUGUUAAGGGCUUUAUUUUAAAAAAGCACCACAGGAAACCCUUCUCCUUAUUCUCUCUGACUUGUUUGACGCUGAUGUGAAGGUGCAGCACCCCCAUCAUUCUUAUUAGAACUGCUGCUGCUGGGGUCCUGCAACUCUCUCCUCCUCCUCCCACCUCCUACUUUUGAUGGGGGGUGCAGCGGUGUAGUCGUAGUGAUGUCAUUUUAAAAUGUGAGAGUCGGAGCCAAGGUGAGCUGGUUUUGCGGUGAGUGGUGUCCCCUCCACGACCAGCGUUGCCUGUACAGAGGCGCGGAGCGGCGAAAGAUGAUCAUCGCCACCGGCACCAAUUCAAGCUCCGACGCGCUCUUUCCCUCUCCUGCUCAGAUCUCGGGCUAUGGGGCCCUGAUCUGCCUUGAUCCCAUAUUAAGCCUUCACCACCACCAUGCCAAAGGACAAACAAUCAGAAGAGUUGCAUUUUUAGGGCAGGUAACUUUGACCACGUGCCCCAAAGGUAAACUGGAUGGCCGUUGCGCAAAGGUGCCUCUACAGUAUGUCCAGCGGGGCCAGGACGCACUGGACGCUGCCAGCAGUUCUUGUACUGUGGACUUCUCUCUGGGGGAUCGUUUCAUCUUAUCCGAUUCCGAACAGGACUAAUGCGACUUUAUUGGAAAAGAAGUGGGAGACCCUCUUCUCCCGCUCCUAUCUGGGUAUAAAUGGGGGGAAAUCGGAGCUGAACUGGGAGAGUGACUAUUUGCAGGGCAUCAAAAGAGUGCGGCGACUGUACUGCAACGUGGGCAUUGGGUUUCACCUGCAGGUGCUCCCGGAUGGCAGGAUAAGCGGUGCACACAAUGAGAACCCAUACAGUCUAAUAGAGAUCUCCACCGUGGACCGAGGAGUGAUCAGCAUGUUCGGGGUGAGGAGUGGGCUGUUUGUCGCAAUGAACAGCAGGGGAAGGUUAUACGGAACGAAAGUCUUCGUGGAUGAGUGCAAGUUCAAGGAGACUUUGCUGCCCAACAACUACAACGCCUAUGAGUCUUUUGUUUACAAGGGCUUCUACAUCGCCCUCAGCAAGCAUGGCCGCGUUAAGAGAGGCAACAAGGCCACCCCCGCCAUGACCGUCACACAUUUCCUCCCGCGACUAUGAGAGAAACUGGCAAUAACUCAUUUGCACAUGUGGAUGUUCUUCCAGGUAAUAUAGAAACGCGUAGUCAUGAUAUACUGUACACACCGAUGGACUGCGAGAGGAAAUAUAUAUAUAUAUAUGUAUAUGUAUAUUUGGAUAGCUAUCUUUGUAUAUGCACUGUGCUGCUUAUUGUUUUUAUGGACGGGGAGAGUUGAAGCCUUUGCCUGUCUCACUUUACCUUGGUGCUUGCUGUACGUGUCACUUCCUUUUUUGAGAUGGAGGAUGAGCUAUAUCCUGUGCUUUCAAAGAGUGAAAUGAAUACUUUUUAUUACCUCAAAGAACCACUUUACUAGAUUAUGGGAUGCAUGGACGUCUGCUCAAAUAUCUGCUAAGUUUAUGAUUUCUUUCAAACCUUUUGAGCGCUUGAUGUUCUCCCUGCCAGAUUGUCAAUGUCCGGCAGUGGGGGAAACUUAAAUGCACUACCUUUGCUGCACGAUUUAAAGGUGCCUUGGUGUUCCCACUUGUGGCCCCCUUAAACUUGCAUGUAAGAGACACCCGCCGGAGUCAGAAAUAGGGCUGACACGCCGGAGAGGGCCUCAGAGAGGGGGGGUUGACUAUCUCUGGUUUAUUUUCUUUUCUGUAAUUAGAUCGAUUAAGUCAUAUACAAUCUGUGGUUGAUACCAGAGAGCAGUCAGCCAUAGAAAGUGGCACAAGGCCAUAAGUUUGACUGUGUGGCAUUGCCAGCUACUAAACAGGGUGAAAUACAUAUCUAUCCGAGCAUGGAGGACAUUUUUGUUUGGACCUGGCUUGCACAAGAAUCGACUGAUGGAUAGAUUGCGAGCGCAUAGUACAAAUGUACCUGCACAUUGUCUUAGACAGAGCUCCUACAGUAAACUGGGUUACUGUUUUUGAAUCGCAAAGCUUUAGCUGCUGUUGAAAAUGAUGUCUACUGUCCAUGAAACCAAUGGAAAAAAACAAUGUAAAUAGUUGCAAAUGAAAAAGAAGAAUUCAGGAGCUUUUGAUGCUGCUUUGUCGCAGUUGCCUGAACGAGGCAAAAAUAAUUCAGGUUGCACAGUUAGCCAUCAAUGAUGGUGCCUGAAUGUUUUGGUUAGAAUCGUUUCCACGUUUGUUUCUUUUAAUGGAUCUUUGUGUGUUUGGUGUGUGUGUGCCCUGGGCCAUUUCCCCGCUUGUCUGUGUGCUCUGCAGCAGCACUGCAGUGGCAGCGAGGUGUUGGGAGCUGGAAGCAGAUUGUUUUAAAUUAAAUUAUGGAUGAACCAAUCAUGAUUUCCCCCGAAGGACUAAAGGACAGUGCCGUUGGUGGACUGGAUGCGCACUAUAAGAAAUGUCAUCAUUUCUGUUGAUUUUUAUCUUGAUUUUAUAAAUUUGACGUGGAACAUGAGCAUAGAAGCACACUUUUAAUAUAUAAUAGGGUAUUCAUAUAAGUAAUGGUAUGCAUUGUGGCAGUUUGUUUACCAAGCAGAAGUUUGUACACUCAUUGCUAUCAUGUGGAUCAAUAUAUAUUUAAUAUAUACUUGACUCAGUUUCGGAGAAUCUCAUAGUGUACUAUCUACACGUGUGGUUUCUGCAGCUGUUGGCUUAAAAACCUGAAUAUUGCUGCCUCCAUCCGUUCUUGUGUUU